AGCUGGAGGACGGGAGGCGGAAGUUGCCGACGGUGUUCCGGGAAGGGCCGAAGGGGCUGUCCGUUGCCGUCCGACUCUCACACGCUCAGCCCGCAGUAGGAAAAGCGGCGGCGGCGGCGGCACCAGGAGCGGCGGCGGCGGCGCUCUGAGGCGGGGCGGUCCCGGUGGCUUGGCCCCUUCCUCCCCUCUUUCGCUCUCUUGCCUCCCCCUUCUCUUCCUCCGUCCCUUUCUCCCUCUUUCCCCCUCCCUUCCCCGGUGUCCCGGCCCGCCCGAGUCACCGGUCUUUCUUCGGCCCGCCACGCCGGGCAGGCCAAGCCAGGCCAGGCCGCCGGAUUUGCCAGCGCCCCUUCUCCUUCCUUCCUUCCCUCCCUUCCUCCCUCUCCUCGGCCUUCGCCCUCCCCUCUCCCCAAAGCCCCGAGCUGGGAUAGGGAGCCGGGCCGGGGCCGCGGUAGCCAGGUGGGGGGAGAGGUCGAGGUCGGGCCUGGGGCCGCCAGGAAGGAAGGAAGGAAGGGCGAGAGAGCCGCCAGCCAGCCCGCCAGCCCAGUCGCGAGCAGCCCGCCAGGAUGAUCAAGCUUUUCUCCCUGAAGCAGCAGAAGAAGGAGGAGGAAUCGGCCGGCGGCACAAAAGGCUCGAGCAAGAAAGCCUCGGCCGCUCAGCUCCGCAUCCAGAAAGAUAUUAAUGAACUGAAUUUACCGAAAACAUGUGAAAUAGAUUUUUCAGACCAGGAUGAUCUCCUGAACUUCAAGCUAGUUAUUUGCCCAGAUGAGGGUUUCUAUAAAGGUGGUAAAUUUGUUUUCAGUUUUAAGGUGGGACAAGGGUACCCACAUGACCCGCCCAAGGUCAAGUGUGAGACCAUGGUGUAUCAUCCAAACAUAGACCUAGAAGGCAAUGUGUGCCUAAAUAUCCUCAGAGAGGAUUGGAAGCCUGUACUAACAAUAAACUCUAUAAUUUAUGGCCUGCAGUAUCUUUUCUUGGAGCCAAACCCUGAAGACCCCUUGAAUAAAGAGGCUGCCGAAGUUCUCCAGAACAACAGACGCUUGUUUGAGCAGAACGUCCAGCGGUCAAUGAGGGGCGGCUACAUUGGCUCCACCUACUUUGAGCGCUGCCUCAAAUAGAACUGACCAGCUCCGGGCACAAGCCUGCCCUCCCCUUGCCCCUUCUUCAUCUCCCUUCCAGCUCUCCUAAGGGACUCUGCCAACACCGCUGCCUUCAGCCAUCAAGGGGGCACAGGAGUCAGGAAUUGGCAGGGACCCCCUUCCAUCCUCUUCCCCCCUCCUCACCCCACCUGCUCGCCUUCAGACCUUCCCUCUGCCAGCCUGGGGCCUUGGCAGCCACUGCCUCACCAAAUCCCUCGUACCUCUCUCACCACUCUCCCUGUGUGCUGCUGUGGAGUGAGGGGUGAGGUUGCUGCUGCUUUACCCCACCCACUGCAUUGGGGUCACCACCUGCCCCCUGGGUGUGGGAGACCCCUUGCUGGUGGCCCAUCUGCCUUUAUGUGGGGCUGUGGUUUUGCUGCUAAGAACAGAAGGCUCCCUCUGCGCUCUGGCAGUCCUUGCCCAUAGCGCAGUGUCAUUCCGCUGUGUGAUCUGCAGGCCACUUGCCCCUCCUAAAAUCCUCCCCUCCUGGGCAACAAGGCUUUGAUCAUAACUAUUUAUUAUACAGGGGAGGUUCUGGGCGGGGCUGGGUGAGUCUGGAAGGCUGAGGGGGGAUUCUGUGCCACCUUCACCCUGCCCUGGGCACUGUGGCGCUGGGGAAGCUGGGUCAGGCCUGGAAUAUUCCUUUUAGAAUCGACUCACUUGUGUGUCUGGUUUUUAAGGAAAAAUAAAAAAUGACAACAAUGGCAACCAAAUCAACCAAUGCUAAUAAUAAGUAGUAAUAAAAAUGUAACCAGGGCCGUGCUGUUCCCACUGUGUCCAUCAGGGCCUACCUGGCAGUGAACUCUCUCUGUCUCUCCAGUGACUCCUGCAAGCCCUUGGUCAAAAUCAAGCCACUGUACUUCUAGUGUGUUGGGUUAUUAAAGGGGAAUGUUAGCGCACUCAA